AUUAGCCCCGCGGGCCAUUUGCAUUUGCCAGGUAGUUAAGAAGGGGUUCUGUUACGAUUUCAGCCUGACAUUUAUAUCAAAAUGUCCACAAAACUCAGGGUCGGAUGGCACCGAGAGCAUUUCCUCUCUCCUCUUCUUCAAUUUGUCGAAAAGGACAAAGGGGAGACAGUAGAGCUGAUUGAGUGCCCGGGUGGGACCGGCGAAAUGCAGGUCAAGUUAAAGAACGGGGAGAUUGAUCUCUGCAUCGCGCUUACCGACGCUCUCAUUGCGGGUUUGGCAAACGGCCAGACGUCUUACAAGAUUGUCGGGCGAUAUAUUGCGUCUCCCUUGCGAUGGGCCAUAGUUACAGGUAAGAACAGCCAGUACAAUUCUGUAGACGACCUCAAGGGCACAACUUUUGGGAUUUCUCGCUUGGGAAGUGGCUCUCAAGUUAUGGCCUCAGUCUUAUCAUUGCAGCAAAAAUGGUCCGAAGAGGAGCAGCCAAAGUUCAAGGUGAACGGGCAGUUCAAACCUCUCCGGGACUCUGUCAACUCUGGCGAAACUUCUGUCUUCCUUUGGGAAUGGUUCACCACUAAGCCCUACGUGGACUCUGGUGAGGUUCGCUUCAUCGGUUCCGUCUAUACCCCUUGGCCUUGUUGGCACAUCGCUGCUUCCCCUUCUGUCCCGUCUUCCACCAUCAAGCCUUUCCUUGCUUCCCUUCAGCCGUAUGUGCAGCAUUUCAACUCCCCCGAAGCGCGCACCUCCGAGGACAUUGAAUUCGUACACAACUUCUUCGGGCACAAGAAAGAAGACGUUGCAGAGUGGCUUCAAAGUGUAGAAUGGGAGCAACGGCUGGCAGAAGUCAAGGAGGAUGUUGUAAAGGGGACUUUGGCAGUGUUAAGAAAGGCGGGUGUUAUUCCCGAGGGCGCGGAGAACAUGAAAUUGGAGGACAUUGUCAAUACAGAAGUUGCUACUAUUGUUUGAGUACAAUGCAUCAUAUGAAAAACAGA